AUGCCGUCCCCCAUGAUCAAGGCCACCCUCGCGGCCGCCGCCCUGUCGAGCGCCUCCAACAUCAUGGCCCAGAUCCUCGAGGCCUACCGCGCCGGGCAGGCCCUCUCGUUCGACGGCCCGCACUUCCUCCGCUUCGUCGUGCUCUCGUUCCUGACGGCCCCGCCCAACUACAAGUGGCAGCAGUUCCUCGAGGCGAGCUUCCCGGCCUACGAGCACAAGCACGGCGGCGGCGGCGGCGGCGGCGGGGCGUCGGACCUCGAGAGCCAGCGCAAGGAGAAGCGGGAGGACGACGAGGUCAUGGGCCUCGACUACGAGGACGCGGCGCACGAGCGCAAGCCCAAGCUCAACCUGCGCAACACGUUUGCCAAGUGGUUCAUCGACUGCAUCACCCUGGGCGCCAUCAUGAACACGGUCGCCUUCUUCGUGCUCAUGGGCCUGCUCAAGCACCAGAGCAUGGCGCAGAUCGGCCACAACGUCCGCCACGAGACCAUCCCGCUCAUCGUCGCCGGCUACAAGAUCUGGCCCUUCGCCUCCAUCAUCAGCUUCAGCUGCGUCCCCGUCGAGCGGCGCAUCGUGUUCCUCAGCUUCGUCGGGCUCCUGUGGGGCAUAUACAUGAGCUUGGUUGCUGCGAGAGUGUGA